CAGACGGGAAGUCCAAGAGUCAGCAAGUUCAAAAAGAAAAAAUAUUUAAGUGCGGCGCUUGUGGUAUGAUUGGCCACAUGAAGACAAACAAGCUGUGCCCAAACAGGUCAUUCAGUAAUGCCGUGGUAGAGCUCCCCGACGAGCCGCUGGAACUAAAACAGAAAGACAGGGACGUCAAGGUGGGGGGCCUCGGGAAGCAUGGCAGGGACGAACUUGCCAAGGAGGAAAAUGAUACCAGCCCCGCAAGUGUCUUGAAGGUUGAAGGCUUGAUGCUCUCAAUCCCCGCCGAUUUCGUUCUUGAAAGCCCAAAAGCAACAGAAGAGGAACUUGACAACGUUGCAAGCUUAGAAGCCGCCCUCGUAGCACAAAAAGAAAAAUUGCAACCCUUGACCUCAAGCAAAGCUUCCAAGCGCAAGAAAAACGUCUCUGCUUCAUCAGCUUCGGCUAAAAAAAGUCAGCGGACAGUCCAGCGUCGCUUCUCGCCAAUCAUUGAGUUUCAAAGAUACUUGGAAACUGUUUGGCAGAAAAUGCGGGACGUUCCGGACUCGUGGCCCUUCCAUUAUAAAGUCGAUGCCAGGUUUGUUUCCGACUACUACGCCAUCAUAAAACAACCAAUGGAUCUUUCGAAAAUCCAAGAGAACAUAAACAAACAAGAGUACUUUACCAGAGAAGCUUUUAUGAAAGACAUUGACCUCAUGGUAAACAACUGCAUUCUGUACAACGGGCCUCGGCAUCCACUCACUGAUAUUGCCGAAAACCUGCGAUGCACCUGCAAAUCCUACUUUUCGCAGCACGACGAUGAGUUGUUAAGAUUGGAAAAACUGAUUGAGAUAUCGUUUCUUCAAAACGCUUUCAACGAUAAAACUUAGCAAGACGGUAGCGCCACGCUUGCCUUUAUUACUACGCUUACGAGACUGUAAGGAGUUCCGGCGGGAAAUAACCAGCGUCUCCAAGCCGCUGAAGCGUGACUAGUCCGUCGUCGUAUAUGUUGAUUUGAGUGAGGCUGCAGUUUCUCAAGGACAUCCGCAACCACGCCUCCGGAGGGAGCUAAUAAA